CGAGACUCCCUCAGAAGUCGCUUGUGCGCGAAACUUUCGUCACGUGAUACUCGGCUGGCCCUCUUAAGUCAAGAGUCUUGAGUCAAAGUGGAGACCUCGUAGGAGGUAUGCAGCCGUACAGGUUCGCGUAGGCUCUCCAUAGAAGCUGGCUGAUAAGAGCUCGCAUACUCUCUCUCCCUCAUGAUCCCUGAAUCGCAAUCCACGGCCGCUUUGACCACACGCAACUUCGUGUGACUAGCUCUUGAGCAUCCGCUUCCUUCGCUCCAGUCUGCCUCCUCUUGGCAGUCAUUCGUUCCUGCGACUCUACAUAGCUUGCCGAGACAUCCGCAACCAAAAUCGUCCCAUCUGAACAUCAUGCUCAGCAACCUUGACUUUGCGAUUGACGCUCUGUCGGUCAUCACUGCGAGCGGACUGCUGAUCGCAGGAACCACACCACCCGCACAAGCGCCGAGCGUCAAGUCCAAGGCGGAAAAGGAGGCUGACAAGGCGAAAGGGAAUGGAGAGCCAGAAGACUUGAUUCGUAAGCUGGGACUCACCAGACUGGAGCGCAUCUUCCAUGCUCUGUUGCUUGUGCUCACUGCGCUGCACAUAAGGUCACUGUGGAGAGCGAAUCACGGCAGUGGACGCAGCUUGGAGCUGUGGGUGGAGAGCAAGGAUCAAGGUCGAUAUAGGCUGGCUUGCGCCCUCGCAGCUGCUGGAGGUGCGGGUCGUCUCUGGUGCUAUCAGACGCUGGGCAAAAGCUUCACAUUCGAUCUUGCUGUGCAGUCGGGACAGAAGGUCAUCACUACGGGGCCGUACGCUUUCGUCAGGCAUCCCUCCUACACCGCCAUCUUGGUUGCGGUGCUUGGUGCUUCCUUUCUUCACGGGCCCUAUGCGCCGUACACCACGCCAGCCUGGCGACUUGCAGCUCUGAUCCUGGCUGUGGUGAACGUCACACUCACAGGGGCUCUGGUCGUACGGCGAAUGGAUGACGAAGAGCGCAUGAUGCUCAAGAGCGAGCAGCUGGGCAAAGAUUACUUGGACUACAUGGUAAAGACCCCUUCUCGUCUGUGGCCGACAGCGUACUGAGCAAAUUCGAUGGACGGCCCGAAUGUCAUGCGAGCCCAUCGGUCUGUCCGGUGGCUUGGACUGCUCGAUUCCGCAUCGUGCCCUCUGCUUCCUCGAGUACGCGAGCGCACGUGCCUACACUGAUGAACAGAUCGUACGCAAGCAGCUAGUACAGGGGUUGGGUUUCGAUUCCCAGUGCGGUCGCCAAAGUGAUCACGCU